AUGCUUUCAGUGGCUGCUCUGACGUUGCUGGUGUGCUUCGCUCAUGGAAGAACCAUUGGGGAUACAAUUGAAGGUGGCACCAACGACGUCAUGGAUGAAAGCCAGUCUAUUAACAUUAACGUUGAGCCUGGAGGCGGUUUAGUCAACGCAUAUGGACCACCGUGCACUACUUGCGGUGGUCAAGUGGUGCCAAUCGGUCAGAGGCCGCUUCAACCAAUGCGACCGCAAUGCUACCCGAACUGUGGAGGCCCUGGGCCGGUUGUAAUUCCUGGAGGAGGCCCUAGACCGGUAAUACCUGGAGGUGGUCCUGGGCCGGUAGUAAUUCCUGGAGGAGGCCCUAGACCGGUAAUACCAGGAGGAGGCCCCGGACCAGUAAUACCUAACAGGAACAUGCGUCCUUCGUGCUAUCCGAAUUGCAAUAUGCCUCAGCGUCAGCCAUGUUAUCCUAACUGUGGAGGCGGCGGAUCAGUCAUUGCGAUUAGUCAAUGA